AUGGAGGAUACAUUUAUUGGCGAUGACACUACACUGUUAGAAUCAGCAUCCCAGCCUGGAGAAAAACCUUCGGUUAAAACAGUUAACAAUGGCAAGGUCUUAAAACCAAGGAAUGAAAACAUAAAGAGACACAGGCUAAUUUUAAGUGAGUACAGAAGGAAAAUUCGCGAUGAAGAGAAAGAUAUCCGAGAACUAAAACAGGCUAUUAAAAUAAUAGAAGAAAAGAAGCUUGAACAUUUGAUGUCGCUAAUAGAGAAAUGGCGUGAAGUGUCCCAGAAGACUUUAUCAUAUAUGCAAUAUUCAACAGUACUAAAGAUCGAUAAAAUGGGUGGAUUCAAAAAAUACAUGGAAAGGGAACUGGAGAAUAAAUUACUAGAGAUCGAAGAUGAAUAUACCAGAUUUGAAGAGGAGAUGGGAAGUUUUCUUGAAUCAGAUGAAUUUGAAAGACUGAGUGAAGAGCAACAAGAAGAAUAUAAGGAUCAAAUAAAUUCUAGAAGAUAUGAUUUGGAAAAAUUAAAAUUACAAAAAGCAAAAGAAAUUGAAAAGGAAUAUGAAAAUGUAGACGACGUUUUCACUCUUCAAGAAUUGACGAAGUUGCUGAAAAUUGACUAUAAACUAAUAUUUCCUCAUUGA